CAGGACUUGGUGUCUAAUUUUCAAAGAGAGAGGAGAAUUCUAUGUUUUCAUUUUGACAGGAAAUCAAUCUAGUGCACAGAGUCUGUGCACAAAAUGGAGCAAAAUGUUGCUGAUUUACUUACAGAUGCAUUUUCAGAUGUGGAGAUAGACUUUGAGCAUCUUAACUUUGAAGACUAUGCGGAACAGUCAUCUCUCGCUGGUAGAGCCCAAGAAACAGAGAAGAGCGAUAACACCCAGGAACCGACAGGGGCACACAGACAGAGCUCGCUGCAGAGCUCAGAGGAGAACCACAACAUGCACAAAAACUCAACAGGAAAGGAGACGUAUGUGCAAGACACUGCCAGUGAGAUCGAAGUGGAGCUCAGUCAUCUGGAGGAUAUAGAAAUGGCAGACAGGAAGAAGUACAUGUAUGAUUCCUGUGAUAUUUGGCAAGAUGAUGAAGAUGAAACAAGACACUGGACUGAGAGGCCAUUUCCUUUUGGAGGAGAUCAAACAGGAGUUGACCAGUCAAAUGCAGGGGGAUCAGACAGAUGUGGUAAUGUUCAAAACGAGGAGGGUGAAGAUGGUGUGCCAUUUCUACAACUAUGUAACCCUCAAAGUGUUGAUGACACAUGCAGUUAUUCAGACUCCAAUUCAGGAAGUGAGGAUGCAGAAGCUACAAAACAACAUUUGUCGGUGGACAGAGAGGCAAUGAAUGAACUGUCAUGCGUGUGUGCAUCUGAGAACACUGCUGGCUUAACUAUUUUAAGCUCACUGCCAACUGCACAUGGUGCACAGGCGGAGGGAGGGGACUUGAGGGAGUUUUCUGAGGAGGACCAAGCUUGUGUUGGUGAAGACUUUGCGGAAUACCCAACAGAACUGACAAACAACGAUGAUGACGAUGAUGAUGAUGAUGAUGAUGAUGUUGAUGUUGAGGGUGAUGACGAAGAAGAGAAAGAUGACAAUGAAGAUGAAAGGAAAGUGAAAAGUGAUGCCAAAGCACCUGUGAGCAGAAUUGGGGCUGACAACACACAAGAGGGGGAGUAUAUACGAGAAGAAGAAGAGGAAGAUGAUGAUGAAGGUGAAGAACAGGAACAAGAGCAAGAAGAGGAAGAAAAGGUUGCUGUUGAGGUUGUUGUUGAUGAUGAUAUAGUGGAACAUGGACCCAUGCAUGCCAAACCUCAUGACUCCACAAACACUUACAGCAGCGAUGAGAGAGUUAGGGAAAGGCAGCCUACAACGACCUCCCAAACCAUGAGCAAGGACGAUUCAGGUCCCCAGAAUGAAGAUGAGUCUGAAAGUCCCAGCAUGCAGCAACAUCGACAUAAUGACAAACUCUCCCAAAUUCAGGAUGUCUUCACUAAUGAAGAUGCUGCAAUACAGCGAGGUAGAGCUAAAAAAGAAAUCAUAGCCCAAGGAAUUGAAGAAGAGGAGAGACAUGGAGAGGGGCAGAAUGUUGUCAAACAGGAUACUGGAGUCGACGAACUUCCAUUUGACAGUGAAAAUGAAUUCCCUGUGUACUCACAUGAUGUUGACACUUGGGGAGGUUGGAGAGAAGAGUUGAACAGAUACAUGCCCAACACAGAGCUAAACUUAGAUGUCAACAUCGGUGAGCUGGACGCACAGGACCCUGACAUUAACAUCCCAAACACCAGAGACUGUGUUGCUGUAGCCAGAGAAGAUGAAAGCCGUCUCUUGGGAAGGAUAGAUACCAUCACACCAGAGAGAGCAUGGCCAUCUGAAACACUGUGGGACGAGACCAGCCAACAACAACCCCUCAGGAAUCCAUCAGCAACUUUGGGACAGGAAUUUGUUGUGGUUGAGGAUGUGACGUCAGACCAUGACUUUUUCUUUCACACCAGCUUGGAACAGGACAGUCAUGUCACUGACUGGAGUUUGGGUGGAUGCCUGCUGGACGAAGAUACUACACAGGAAAGCAUGGAGGACAACACAAGUGACACAUUUGGAGAGGAAGAGAGGAGCUGGGAUCAAGAGAGGGAAAGAAUUGAGGCUUUCAACAGGUUUUACAAUGAUUCAGAGGAGAGCAGUAUUGAAGGCAUAGGAGAAAGAACACAUAAAGUACACUUCUGUUUGGAGCCCCAAAUAGCUGAAGUUCUGGACUCAGAAUCAGAGUUUAGUGACAUAGAAGCUGACGAAGACUCCGAGGAGGAUUCAGACACAGAAGACAUAAACGAUGAGGAGCAGAGUGACACUGAGGAACCACAAGUUAAUGCGUUCCCUUGCCAUAAUCGUGAAGAACCGUCAGAGAACGAGUUCCCUCCUCAGGAUCAGGAAGAACCGUCAGAGAAUGAGUUCCUUCCUCAGGAUCAGGAAGAACCAUCAGAGAACGAGUUCCCACCUCAAGAUCAAAAAGAACCAUCAGAGAAUGUGUUCCCUCCUCAGGAUCAGGAAGAACAGACAGAGAAUGUUUUCCCUCCUAAAGAUCAAGAUUUGAAGUUUGAAGAGGUACAGCCCAUUUCUGACAAUCCAAUAAUUGGUCAACUGAUGAAAAAAGUGAUAACUGAUCAACCCAUGGAAAAACAGCUGACUGAUCAACCAGUGGAGGAAGAGGGCAUAACUCUGCAGACAUCAGACAAGCAGAUAGUUACCCUGUGUCCAACCACAUCUAAGAGGCAAAAGUGGCUUAGAAUACUGAAGUCUACACUCAGGAUGUGUGCGAUCAUUGGAACUGGACUGCUGACUUUCUGGUGGGCUACAGACCAUUUGGACUGGACAAUGUGGUAGUUGCAAACUAGGAGCCAUAACAAGCAUAAUAGAAUGCUGUCUAUAUAUUUUUGUAAUUUGUUUUCUAGCCUAUACCUUAAUGUGGCCUCCAAAUAAGAUGGAUGACAUAAACAAGUGUAUUUUAUCUUAUUUCAUCUUGAGCAAUAAAAAAGUAAUAAAGUUUGCUUUAUA